CCACUGCUGAAAUCCACCUGCCACCUGCUGCUCGUCAAUGAUACUUGCAAACAAUUUCGCCCCCAGUCAACGUCGUUGACGAAAACCUCGCUACACUCUCGCCGCAAAAAUGAUAGACCUCGCAGCGCUCAAGCAGCAACUCCAGCUGCUUGGGCACAAUCUACCGGACUCGCAAAUUGUGGCUAUCCUGGCGGACAUGAACAUAGACUUGGCCGACAACGACAGCAGCGCUGGACCCAGUUCUGCAGGUGCUGCAGCUGGGGGUCCGCCGAAGCCACGCGCUGCUAAGAGCAUCCUGGACACCUACCAGCCCGCACCGCUCGGUGAGGACUUUGAGCCCGACAGCCCCUCGGCACCCGUGACAGAGCAGCCGGAGCGCUUCAGUUACGCGUACACAGACCAUUCUCACGGCGCAGCGCUCGGGAACUCCGUGCCGGCGGGGGUGCGGGCGCAGGCCCCGCGCCGCACCAACGUUAGCACCACCGCCAAGCCGGCUGCCGUUGCGGCCGCCAGCCCCGGCGCCAAACAGCAAGGCGACGGCGAUGAGGAUGACAAGUACGAAACUUACGAUGCAGACGAACUGGAGGAGGCCAGUGAUGACGUGGAUGAGGAGCCGGGUCUGAACUGCCGACACUGCCAGGCUGGGGAGCACGCGGGGGCUUGCUCCUCAGCAACAGUGCCAGCCACAAGCGGCACGGCAGCUCUCAGCCCAGGAUUCGGCCUGCGCUACGGCUCCAGCACCUUCAUGAAUACCACCACUAUUAUAGACGAGCCCGCUGGCGUGGCCAGCAGCCAGGGGCGCGGCAGCAGCAUCGGCGCAUCCGCUCGUGGGCCAGCGGCCUCAGCAGCGCCAGGAGCUGCAGCAACCAGCAGCGGUGCCGGCAUUCGCGGCAUUGGCCCCGCUGCUGCCGGUCGCCAACAUGGCACUGGCAGCGAGCUUAUGGAGUCGCUGGGCCGCCUCAGCCUGCUGGCAUCAGGCGGCACGGCUGCGGGCCCGGGCUCGGCGGUGCCGGUGAGCACAGCAGGGCGCACCACAGGGCCAGCGACGGCAUCAGCACGCAGUGGUGGCUAUGGCGGACCAGCAGUCAGCGCUCGGCCGUCCUCGGGGGCCCCGCCCCGCCCCUCCAGCGCACCUCGCGGCCGCGACCAGCAGUCAAAGCCGGCGGGCCGGCCUGGGCCCGGGCCGCAUAAGACGGACCUGCUGUCAACAUUUGGGCGCUACCCAAAGCACGCGUUUGCCGACGACGAGGACGACGGGGAGAGCGACGUCGCACUGGCCGCCGACACAAACGACCCGCUGGGUCUGGGCCGCUCCAUGCACCACCUCGCCUGGCCACAGCACGGGGCCGCCCGGGCCGCAGCUGCGCUUGCCGGCAAGGGCAGCAGCGCUGCAGGCGCACCCCGCGCCUCAGCAACAGCAGCAGCGGCAGGCACCGGGCGGCCAGGGUCGGCGGCCGCGCGCGGCGUGCCCGGGCAGGGGCAGCGGGUGGGUAUGCCGCGUGAUCCAUACACGUGCGAGGACGCGUGGCUGGGCGUGGCGCGCGGCCAUGACCUGGACGUGCCGGGCCGCAGCCUAAGCCCGCAGGCGAGCCAUCGCAGCUUCAUGAGCCGCGCCUCCUCCGCCUCGCGCGCCACCACCCGCGCCGGCGGCCCGGGCGGCGCCGUCAAGGUGGACCGCGUGAAGCGCUACCAGCAGCUUGCAGCAGAGUGGGGCUCCAACAGGUUCCUGAACAAGGCGGGCGGCGCCGGCAAGGGCACCAGCCGCAAGCCGGUGAACUUCCACAGCCACUUCGCCUCGCUGCACGCCGCCGAGGAGGCGGAGCGCCAGCGGGUGCUCAAGGAGACGCGCGCCAAGACCAAGAAGGAGCUGGGCGGCGCACAGGAUGCGCCCACCGCCAACCGGCGUGAUGAGCUGCGCUGGCAGAUGCGCCAGCGGCUGAUGAACCAGUAAUAGGACCGCAGGCGGCGAUGCAGGGAUGAGAUGAAGGGAGGGGCGGCUGACGGAAGCGAUGCACUUCCUUGCAGGCUGGGUGGUUGCGAACUGGGGGAGGUGAAGUUUGGCAGGGGGUAGCUGCAUGGAAGUGGCAACGGCCGGCUCGCCACGGCCCCAGACGGUCACAAGAGCACACCUGACAAUUGACU